AUUAAAAAUAAAUCUUAACCUGCUCUUGUCUUAUCGCUGUACUUUUAUCUUAGAAAAAGGAAGAAAUGAAAUAAGAGGGUAAUCUCCAGGAUGAUUUUGGAUGAAUGAAACUUCAUUGAAAAUUUUAUUAUAUCUUCGCAACUCAUCAAAUUCUUCUAUGUCGAUGUCAAGCAUUAUUUUCCUUGAACAAAUGAUACAAACAAAUAUUCAAAUCUGUAUCAAUAAUUUCACUGUGUGUUGAAGAUCGAAUUUUCCUUGUUGAAAUUACAUAUUAUUUUUAGAUUUAGCCUCCCUCGACAAUAAAAUGGUUUCUUUGAUUGUAAAAGAAGUGUUUUGUUUAAUUUAUUCAUUUCUUCUACUUUUGUCAGGUCUCUUCCUUGUUGGACUUUCUAUCGUUUUUACCUACAAAAUUUUUUACAAUUACAAAUUUUUCCCAUCCAUAACUGUCGCACCUUUUAUCAUACUAUUUAUGUUUGGAAUUAUGCACUUGUUACUUACCUGGUUGGCAGUGAAAGGACCUACUGUAAAGCACGACUUUCAUAUAAUACUGUUUCUAACUAUAGCAGCUGUGUUAUGUUUUGCUGAAUUUGGAAUUGGUGUGUGGAAUAUUAUAUUAUGGAAUAAUGUUGAUUUAGAGUCUGUGAUAUUAUUGACUGAUUCGUUUGAGGCUUUGAAGAAAAAUGGUUUUAACGAAAAUUCAGCAUGGAAACGAUUACAAAAUAAGCUGCAAUGUUGUGGUUUGAAUGGAGUACAAGAUUUCAAAAAUACUUAUCCCAAAUCUUGCUGUGAUGAUGGACAGGAAUUUAACAUAACUUGCUAUAAAAAUGGCUGCAGACAGCCGUUAGCUGAUUAUGCCACAGGUAUAAUGCUAGACGGAGUGUUAAUGAGCUUCUUGUCUUGUAUUCUUCAGGCCUUCGGAAUUUUCCUCUUCUGGUCAUUUUUCCGCACAUUGAAAAGAGACAGAGAUAUAAGAUCAGCUAGAAGACUGGCAAUACAGAAGGAACUGGCGGAACAUUCUACACCUCUAACACAAUCUCCAACGGCUUCUGCACCGCCGGUUUACUCACCAACACCAAAGCAAAGUACUACACCGAAAUCUUCUAAAAGGAGAAGUAGCAAGAGUUCAGCACCACCAACACCCCCAGUUCAGCCAAAUAUUUGAUUAUAUUUUUUUCAAUCGCCUUUGAUGAGAUUUUUAUUAUACUAUACUUAUUAUUUUUUUGUCUUAUAUGUUUAUAUGUUAUUAUUAUGCACUGUGACUUUUAACAUGAGUUAGUUUUUUCAUUUCUAAAUAUUUAUUAUAGAAGUUAAAAGAGGUAAUGGAUACUAAUCAGGAAAAUAUUCCAGUUGCAAUCAAAACCGGAUUGAAAUUCAGGAAUGAUUUUAUUGAUGUAUUCUUCUGUUUAAUAUUCGAUAGUCAAAGUUUAAAGCAACUGAAAUACAACAUUGGAUCGACUGGAAAUAAGACUGUGUGAUAUUUUUGAAUAUGUUGUAACCCAUUUCCUUUGAAAACUUCAUUUAUAUUGAUUUGUUAUAUUACCUCUCUAAAUAUUUUGUUGCAAUAAUUGUAGAGCAAUAUUACUUGUGAUUAUGACAUGUGAUAAUGCUGAAGGAAUUCAUUAAUCGGCGAAUAUAUUUUUGUAGGAUUGGCAUUUGAUAACUAUAAAUUCAUAUAUAUAUUUCAUAGUAUAUGCCUGCCUUCUAUACCUAUAAAAUUCCUACUUUUUACGUAAUAGUAUAAUCUUCAGCUUAAUAUUUCGAUAUUAGUUGGAUCAUGACAAUUUAAUAUAGUAGUGAACGAAUGGUAAUAUUUGAGAAAUUUCUGAAUUUUUGUUCUUUUUUACACAAGGCAUCGCUGAUUUUUUACAUACUCUUUAUAUAUGUAAACUGAUUUUAUUUUCUUACUUUCUUACUUGAUUUACAAUUUAUUUUAUUGUUUAAGUUUUUUAUGAGCCAACAGAAUAGUGCCUUAUACUAUUUAUAACAGUGUAAUAAAAUGAAUAUUUCCUUCA